AGGCGCGGAACUGGGGUUGCGGCGUCUAAGUGUGUUUCCGGUAGAUUCCCAGGGGCGGUCGGAGGUGUGGACUGUUCCUGCCUUCAUGCUCUGGGAAGAUGUUCUACCAUGUGAGCAGGGCCCAGGGUGGCGGCAAGGGCUGGGUGGAAAGGAGGAGCAAGGCCAGGCGCCGGCGCGAGGCUCCCCUUGUCGUCCGAUAAGCUCCCAGCGCGUGGCCUGGUCGCCAUCCCUCUUUUCUCCGCAGAUCUCCCUAGAGCACGAAAUCCUGCUGCACCCGCGCUACUUCGGCCCCAACUUGCUCAACACGGUGAAGCAGAAGCUCUUCACCGAGGUGGAGGGGACCUGCACAGGGAAGUAUGGCUUUGUAAUUGCUGUCACCACCAUUGACAAUAUUGGUGCUGGUGUGAUCCAGCCAGGCCGAGGCUUUGUCCUUUAUCCAGUUAAGUACAAGGCCAUUGUUUUCCGGCCCUUUAAAGGGGAGGUCGUGGAUGCUGUUGUAACUCAGGUCAACAAGGUUGGACUCUUCACAGAAAUUGGACCCAUGUCUUGCUUCAUCUCUCGACAUUCCAUCCCUUCAGAGAUGGAGUUUGAUCCUAACUCCAACCCACCAUGUUACAAGACAAUGGAUGAGGAUAUUGUGAUUCAGCAGGACGAUGAGAUCCGCUUAAAGAUUGUGGGGACCCGUGUGGACAAGAAUGACAUUUUUGCUAUUGGCUCCCUGAUGGACGAUUACUUGGGGCUUGUAAGCUGAGCCUGGUGGCUUCCUACCCUUGGUCCUGAUGUAGGAAGUGUGAUUGUCACACUUACCGUGUUGUCCAGAGGUCCAGUCUGGCUGCUGUUGUGGAGGCAAGGAAGGCAACUCAUUCCAGAAGGCAUCUGGUGCUUCUUUUAGCUUAGCUGCUGCCUCCUGAUUUUUCAGUAUGUGUUCUAAGUAUAAAAAGUCCUUGGUUCUCAUGGAA